GCAAGGCCACACUGGCGCCAAACACAUGCGGUGCUGCGGAAAAGUGUGAUUAUAUUAGCUCGACUUCGUUUUCGACGUUUUGAAGGCAUCGGCUCUCCAAAUUCAGAGUGAUCCACAGAGUGGCGGUGAAUGCCAACAGCCCAGCAGACUAACGGGACGCACUUGAGAUGACGAGUGGUACGGUAACGACGGCUGGUGGAGCGACGGUGGAGGUGCAGCUGCCGCUCAAGGUCGCCCGCCGGAGAAUCGAGCGCGUUGGCUUCGCAUACUUUGCGCAACGGCGCCAAUUUCUAGCGCCCGGCGGCGUGGAGCGCAGCGAUAGCGAUGAAAAGUUGGAGGGCGUCGGCGAGGAGGUCGAUGUCAGCUACCUCAAGUCAUUGGAUCCAAAAGAAUGGAAGGAUCAGGAUCACUACGCCAUUCUUGGUUUAGGCAAACUCCGGUACGAGGCAAGCGAGGAUGACAUUCGACGGGCUUAUAGACGCAUGGUCCUGCUGCAUCACCCCGAUAAACGGAAAGCCAAGGGCGAGGAAGUUAUUCAGGACGACGACUACUUCACAUGCAUAACCAAAGCCUACGAGAUACUGGGCACAUCCAAGCCUCGUCGCAGCUUUGACUCUGUGGAUCCCGAAUUUGACGAUUCGCUGCCCUCACAGAACGACAUCGACAGCGAUUACUUUGGCGUGUUUAACAAAUUUUUCAAACUUAACGGGCGUUGGAGCGAAAAGCCGCAUGUCCCCGCCUUCGGGCAGGUGGACGCCAAACGCGAUGAGGUUGAGCGCUUCUACAACUUUUGGUACGACUUCAAGUCUUGGCGAGAGUUCAGCUACCUAGACGAGGAGGACAAGGAAAAGGGCCAGGAUCGCGAUGAACGACGCUGGAUCGAGAAGGAGAAUAGGGCGGCGCGGAUCAAGCGCAAGAAGGAGGAGAUGUCCCGCAUCCGUGCGUUGGUCGAUUUGGCUUACAACAACGAUAAAAGAAUUCAACGCUUCAAACAAGAGGAGAAGGAUCGCAAGGCGGCUGCCAAACGAGCCAAGAUGGACGCUGCCCAGGCUCAAAAAGCCGAGGCGGAUAGGGCCGUACGGGAAGCUGCCUUGGCCAAGGAGAAGGCUGAAAAGGCCGAACAGAAACGCAUCGAGCAGAUCCGUAUCGAACGCGAGCAGCAAAAGAAACUGCUUAAGAAGGAGCGCAAAACGCUGCGCGACAAGGUCAAGGACUGCAAGUAUUAUGCCAAGAACGACAAGGAUCAACUGAAGCACAUGGAGGGUACCGAAAAGAUUUGCGAGACUUUUAAUUUAACAGAACUUCAAGCUCUUAACAAGGCCAUGGAAACCAAGGGCCGUGAAUCGUUUGUAGCUGCCCUCCAAACAGCCGAUCAGAAGAUAGCUGCCGAACUGGAAGAGAUUAACCAGACCCAGGCAAAGAAACUGGCCAGUGCAGCGCCAAAAGGUGUGAAGGAGGUCAAGAAGGGUGAACUCUGGAGCAAUGAGAACGUGCAGUUGCUUAUCAAGGCGGUUAAUCUGUUUCCCGCUGGCACUGCUCAACGCUGGGAUGUCAUAGCCACGUUUAUCAAUCAGCAUAGUCCGGGCAACACUGUCCUGGUCAAUGCCAGGGAUGUGCUGAACAAAGCCAAGGCUCUCCAGAACACAGAUCACUCGAAAAGCUCCCUUAAAACCCAAGCCAACGAUGCGGCCUUUGCUAGUUUCGAAAAGUCAAAGAAGGAUGUUCAGACAUGUAACGAUAUAACACUGGGCGAGGAGACGCCGGCCCAGGCGAGCAAGGAGAACGUGAAGCAGAACGGAGUAGAUCAUAAGGUUAACAAUCAGCCAGCCAAGCAGAAUGGCACGACCCCCACUCCUGCUGCAGCAGCAGCAACUCCGCCAGCAGCAACAGCAGCCCCAGCUCCGGCCACAAAUGGUACUUCGGGUGGUGGUGGUGCCUCCAAAACCUGGACUAAGGAAGAGCAAGCUCUGCUCGAACAGGCAAUCAAGACCUAUCCAACGACAACGCCUGAUCGAUGGGAUCGCAUCGCCUCCUGCAUACCGAACCGCAGUAAAAAGGAUUGCUUGCGACGUGUCAAGGAGCUGGUCGAGCUGGUUAACUCCAAAAAGGAGGCACAGGCGGCGGUUAAAUGAGUAAGGCUUAUGCCCUCCAAACCCCUGCCAUUCGUCCGCCUCAUCCUCUUCUAGCUGCUGUGUCCCAUAUAAAUUUUAUUUAAAUAAAACAUAAAAAGUUUUUGAACGUUUAGCGAAAAGUUA